AUGUCUGACAACCUCCGCAAGGGUCUCGGCGAGCAAGCCUCCGAGAAGAUGACCCCCGACUCCCAGAAGUCCACCACCGAGAAGGCCAGCGAGAGCCUCACUGGAGCCGGUGACCGCGUUGCCGGUAUGGUCCAGCCUGAGGGCCAGAAGUCCACCGGACAGAAGCUCGGUGACGCCACUCGCUCAGGCGGCGACGACGCCUCCGCCCAGGGCCAGGGUGUCAUGAAGCAAGCUCAGGACGCUCUCGGCAACGCUGGCCAGAGCAUCUCCGACACCCUCUCCGGCGCCACUGGCCAGAAGAAGUAA